AUGAAUGACAAAGAGAAUGUUCACACCGGAGGGCUAUCAGAGGAUCAGAAAGCUCGAAUUUCGGAGAAGUUCAGAGCUGCCAAGGCUCUUCUUGUUCGCAAAAGGCCCCGUGAAAUCACCAACUCAUCUUCCGAUCAAUUCGUUCAAAAGAAUGGGAUUGCCAACAGAAUGGAAAGUCCGGCCGAGGUUACUGGCAUUAAAAGACUCCCUCUCUCGGAGAUUUCAACAAACACACCAUCUCUGGUUUCCACAAAGAGAUUCAACUUAUUGAGCAAUGAUCCCAAAAGUUGUUUAACUUCUAAGUCCUUAUGUGUCAAUACGAGGAUGGAUAGUUUGAGCUCAAGCACUUUAAUUGUCACUACUGAAUGUGGAAUAGCGUCAAAUUCAUUUGAAACUCCGGUAACAAAACUGGAAUAUAAUGGCAAUUCAUAUUCUGAUGGCAAUUCUGGUACUACAGCUGAAUCUGUUCAUGGCAGUUUAAUUGAAAGGGAAAAGAGUGUUCUCAGGGAGGAUGGCUUUGCGUUAAACAGUAUUGUUACUCCAUUGAGACAACUGGAUUGCUCUAGUUCGAGUGAUUCUUUAAGGUUGUCUGGUGUUUUAGAUGAUGAUUUUGAUCAGUCCAUCUUUAAAGAUAUUGAUGCUUUAUGUGAGCAGACCUCAGCGGGGAAAUCUCGAAGGGAGAAUUUGAUCCCUGAUUUUCGAAUACAAAAUCAGUCUGUUGAAGAAAGUAGUGGGGAACUUUCCAGUGUUGAUUUAAGUGAUCACCAAGAAGUCGGAGAAAGGGGAUCGUGGAAUUCUGAGGCUACACCAAUUGGAGACAUGCCUGAUGAGCAUGCAAAGUAUAUGCAGUCUUUAAAUGACAGGCAGCGGGAAGCGGCUUGUACUGACAUUUCAAUGCCUUUAAUGAUUGUAGCUGGACCAGGAAGUGGGAAGACUUCUACAAUGGUUGGGCGAAUUUUGAUGCUGCUCAGCAAGGGCAUUGGACCAUCCCACGUUCUUGCCAUGACAUUUACUACAGCUGCUGCUUCUGAAAUGAGAGAGCGCAUUGGAUCUGUGGCUGGCAAGGCAGUAGCAAAAGAGCUCACAGUCAGCACAUUCCACUCAUUUUCGUUGCAAAUCUGUCGUACACAUGCCGAGAACCCAUCCACUAGGUUGGAUCGCACACCUGAAUUUCUAAUUUACGGGCAUGGGCAACAGAGAAGAGCUAUCAUUGAAGCUAUGCGCAUAUUGGAAAAUGGGAAAGAGGGGCAAAAUCCUGAUUCUUGUAAACUUGGUAAAGAGUCUAAUAGCAUAAAUUCUCCACAACAUUUCAAAGACAAGUCAAAGAAGUGGCUGAAGUUUGUGACUCAGGCUAAAGCUGCUGGAAGGACUCCUGAAGAUUGCCAUAAAAUGGGUGAUGUGAUAGGUGCUUCAAUUCUUCAGAACUAUGAUGACAUACUGAAAUCUUGCAAUGCUCUGGACUACCAUGAUUUGAUCAGCUGUUCGGUGAAGCUGCUCACUGAUUUUUCUGAAGUUUUCAAGGAAUGCCAGGAGUCAUGGAAAGCAAUCGUAAUAGAUGAAUUUCAGGACACAAGUGCCAUGCAAUAUGGUCUGCUGCAACUUCUUGCAUCCCAUAAACGCUUAACUAUUGUUGGUGAUGAAGAUCAGUCGAUUUUCAGUUUCAAUGGUGCUGAUGUAUCUGGAUUUGAAUCAUUCCGUAAGGAUUUUCCUGUUCACAAAGAGAUUCGACUAAACAAAAACUACCGGUCAACUCGUUGUAUUGUUGAAGCAGCAUCAGCUCUUAUAAAAAAUAACUUAAAGAGAUGCCAGUCAAAGAAUGUUCUCACUGAUAACUCUUGUGGAUCCAAGAUAGCUAUCAAGGAAUGUAGCAACGAGGACGCACAGUGUGCAUUUGUUGUGGAUAAAAUCUUAGAAAUUACUUCUGAUGGUUCAACUGGUAAAUGCUCCUUUGGCAAUAUUGCUGUUCUUUACCGGAGGCAGGUGUCAGGGAAAGUGUUCCAAACAGCCUUCCGCAAUAGAAAAAUACCGUUCAACAAUCAUGGUGUGGCCUUCUAUAGGAAAAAGGUAGUUAGAGCCAUUAUUGCUUUGCUUAGAACAACAUUGGCUGGUUGUGAUGAUGGCUCUUUUCGUCAAGUAUUCAAGGCUUUUCUACCUUUUGAGAAAGAGGAAAAAAAGAAGGUAAUUGAACAUAUCGACAAAAUUUCAACUGUAAGGAAAUGCAGCUUUUUAUUGGCUGCAUGCGAUAUAUUUAAUGCAAAGAUAUCUGGUACCUUCAAGAGGAGUCAACUUACCCAAGGACGCAGGGUGUUGCUAACUCUUGACAUGAUAUCAAAACUUGUUCACAGGGAACAAUCAAUUUCAGCUGUCAUAACUUCAGCAGCAAAUAUGAUACCUCAGGAACAAUCAAUUUCAGCUGUCAUAACUUCAGCAGCAAACAUGAUACCUCAGAAAUGCCUUCUUGAAAAGCAGGCAGUUCUUGAUGUUGAUGGAGGGAAGUUGCUAAAUGAAGACAAUGACGUUAGAUCUGUGCUCCAAUAUUUGCUGGAUGAUGUUUCUGAGUUUCUAACAACACAUUAUAUCACAGUACAAGGAAAAGGAGAUAUGUUAGCAGAAGAUAAAGGCUGUACUAAUGUACUCGAAGCUUUUAUUGAUUACAUAUCUGGAAGGGAGAGAGAAAAUUUCCGUUCCAGGAGACAUGACAAUGAAGAUUCUGUUACUCUUACUACAAUACAUCAGUCAAAAGGCUUAGAAUGGGACUGUGUUUUCAUAGUAAAGGCAAAUGAAUCUGAGAUUCCCUUGUUGCAUGAAUUUAAUGGUGUUGCACAAGAAAAUGGUACCUCAGUUGAGGAGGAGCGACGCUUGUUAUAUGUGGCGAUGACUCGAGCACGGAAAAAGCUUUUCAUCCUAUAUGUUAUUAUGGAUUCAAAUUGGCAGGUUCUUCAACCAUCACGUUUUAUAAGAGAAAUUCCGGAUCAUCUUCAGGAGGUUCAGGGUGAUCUAAAUUUAAGAAGUUUGCAAACAAAUCACCAGCAACCUCAAAAAACAACUUCCGAGUCUAAUGCCGGUCUACCAAGGGAAAUGGAAUCUUCAGAAGUGAAUGUGGUGCUAAAUGAUUCUAUUAAUAUAGAUGACGCAUCCAAAGUGUCUGUCGAGGGAAUUGAGGCUUGCAACGGAAAUAGCUUUUUAAGAAGAUUUAGAACGGAGGACCGUGCAGUUGUUUCCCAUUUGUUCCAUCAAUGGGCUAAGAAGGCAGCAUUUCAAGACCCAAAUAGGUUACUUGACAAGGUUGCCUUUGUCAUUGACGAGCGUAUGAGAGGCCGGAAAUGCACACACAAGGAAGUGUUGCGUGCUUUGAAGUCCGACUUAAGGUGUGAUGAGGCAUUUCACUAUGCUGAAUAUGUUAUAAAGUGGGUGCAAAUUCCUUCUGAUAGGCGUGCUUAUCUAAUGAGGGAGAAACAGGAACAUUUUCAAAAACUAAGAAUCGAGAACGCAAUGGGCUCAUCAGCAGCUACUUCUAAACAGAUCGGAUAUCUAAAGAAUUUAGGGUGCACAGUGGUCCCCACAUCCCGUCUCCAUGCUUCUCAUUUGAUUGAACAAUAUAAAUCACUGUAACAAAGAGAUGGCCCUUGGCCACUUUUUACUGGUCCAUAUUAUUUCUGAUGGGAUUUACCAUUGGACGUCAUGUGUAUAAUUUAUGUUCAUUAAUUUAAAUUAAGAUAUUUAUUUGAAG